AUGUUCCAGUCUGGCCUUGACACCCUGGGUUUAGAUGUCUCAAUGGACACGUGGAACUUUUUCUAUACUUGCCUGGUGUCCUUAUGGCUGCACAGAUUUUACAUCUAUUCUGCUAUUGCUUCUGGGAUCAGCAUUUGGAUCACUGUUCAGUUCUUCACCACCAAAACCAAAAAGAAGGGUGAAAAAUCCAAGGGGAAUCCAGCUGCUUCUGAAGGAACAGAAGACAAACUAGUAAAUGGAUAUGGCACCCUGCAGGCAAAGGAAGUCUAUGUCGCUGGGGUAAAGAUUUUCUAUGGGUCCCAGACUGGCACAGCAAAGAAAUUUGCUGCAGGUCUGGCUGAAGCAGUUACUUCCCUUAAUUUGCCCGUGGAAGUCAUUAGCAUGGGGGACUACGAUCCAGAUGAUUGUUUAGCAGAGGAAACAACGAGCAGGAACAUCUGUGUGUUCUUGGUAGCCACGUACACGGAUGGACAGCCCACGGAGAGCGCGGCCUGGUUCUGUAAGUGGUUGGGAGAGGCUGCCAAUGACUUCCGCUUCGGGAGAACGUAUCUGAAGGGCCUGAGAUAUGCUGUGUUUGGCCUGGGAAACUCAGUUUAUGUCGAUCAUUACAACACGGUUGGGAGGAGCGUAGACAGGUGGCUAUGGAUGCUGGGUGCCAGCCGCAUCCUGACUCGUGCCGAGGGGGACUGCAACGUGGCCCAGAGCAAGCAUGGCAGCAUCGAGGCCGACUUUGAAGCCUGGAAAGCCAAGCUCCUCAGCCGGCUCCAGGUGCUCUGCAGAGGGGAGAAGAAGCCCUGCAGCGGGAAGUGCAAGAAAGGGAAGUGCAAAUCUUCAAGGAAGCAGAACAAAGAGAGCUCAGAUCAUGAACAUGGGGCAUCAGAAUACGAGAAUACUGAGGCAGAGGAGUUGUUUGAAACCAGUAGUGAGGAGGAGACUGAUGCUGAGGAAGCUGGAGGCACAAACGCUGUUGUUGAUGUUGAAGACCUCGGCAAUAUCAUGAGCCAUGUGAAGAAAGCAAAGAGAGAACGUGAGCUGGAGGAAGGAGAUGUUGGGACCAGCUUGAGCACUGGGAGGAAGGAGGAGGGUGAGAAGAGAGAGAUGAUCACCCCGGCGCUGCGGGAAGCGCUCACAAAACAAGGUUACAAGCUGAUUGGAAGCCAUUCCGGGGUGAAGCUCUGUCGCUGGACAAAGUCGAUGCUUCGAGGCCGAGGAGGCUGCUACAAACACACAUUUUACGGGAUUGAGAGCCACCGCUGCAUGGAGGCCACCCCCAGCCUGGCCUGCGCCAACAAAUGUGUCUUUUGCUGGAGACAUCAUACAAACCCUGUGGGCACAGAGUGGCGAUGGAAGAUGGACCAGCCCGAAAUGAUCUUGCAGAAGGCUAUUGAGAAUCAUCAGAAUAUGAUCAAGCAGUUCAAAGGCGUGUCAGGGGUGAGAGCAGAUCGGCUGGAGGAAGCCAUGGCAGCGAAGCACUGUGCCCUCUCGCUGGUGGGAGAGCCCAUCAUGUACCCACAGAUCAACCGGUUUGUGAAGCUCCUGCACCAGCACAGCAUCUCCAGUUUCCUGGUUACAAACGCCCAGUUCCCGGAUGAGAUCAGGAACCUCGAGCCGGUAACGCAGCUGUACGUCAGCGUGGACGCGAGCACCAGAGAGAGCCUGAAGAGGAUCGAUCGCCCCCUCUUCAAGGAUUUCUGGCAGAGGUUUCUAGACAGUCUAAAGGCCUUGUCUGAAAAGCAACAGCGCACUGUUUAUAGGCUGACACUGGUGAAAGCUUGGAACGUGGAUGAGCUCAAAGCCUACGCUGAGCUGAUAGCCCUCGGGAAACCAGACUUCGUGGAGGUCAAGGGCGUGACAUACUGCGGCGAAAGCUCGGCCAGCAACCUCACCAUGGCCAACGUCCCCUGGCACGAGGAGGUGGUGGGCUUUGUCCAGGAGCUGGCAAACCUCAUCCCCGACUACGAAAUCGCGUGUGAGCACGAGCACUCCAACUGCCUCCUGCUAGCUCACAAGAAGUUCAAGGUAGACGGUGAGUGGUGGACCUGGAUCGACUACGGCCGCUUCCAGGAGCUGGUGCAAGAGCAGGAGAGGAGCAGCGGGUGCAAGACCUUCACAGCAGCUGAUUACAUGGCCAAAACUCCUCGCUGGGCGCUCUUUGGGUCCAGAGAAAGGGGAUUUGAUCCCUUGGACGUGAGAUACCAGCGGAAGAAUAAAGCAAGAGACAUCUCUGGGUGCUGAGGUCAGGUUGGGGCUCACUGAACUCUGGGCUGCUGAGUUUUGGUCUCCGUUUCUAGGCUACCAACAAUUUUUGAAUCUAUUCACCUAAAUUUUUCUGAGGUUUGAUAUUGAGAAGGAGGGUAAAGCCUUUAUUUAACCCUUCCCUCCUGUUUUUAGAGCUUUUUGGAUGAAAAUAUUUAUGAUGCUCUCUAUCUGAAGAUAAAUCCCAAAUGGUGUGUGCCAGCGAUUUAUCCAAACGGGCAGCAGGAUGAGGGAGGCAGUGGCUGUGUCUCCACAGCAGAGGGUGUUUGGGGUUGGAUGUGGACCAUGCGUUGGAUUUCUGUGCCCUGCGGCCAGGAGAGCCCAAGGAUAAGCACCAGGGGGAUGUCAGUGCCACAGGCUGGUGGAUCUGUGCAGGUAGGACCAUGGAAGGAUCUGGAUCUAAACCUGAGCCCUGCUGGAAGAAUCCUUGUACAGACAGUAACAGAGAUCUAUGUAUUUUAAACCCUGGUGCCAGUUCCCAUGAAGAACCCAACCCCAAGAAGCCGAAGCUUGGGAAUGGUGCCAGUAACAGCACCGCUUUUGAUAUCAUCUGCAGCUUCUGAUAUCGCUCCAAAUAUUUUCCAACUUCAUGGGUUUGGCAGUGAAUAUUUUCCAAGCAGUUUUAUCCCACUCCCCAGCACCCCUAAGCAACACAUACAAUUCUUCAAAGUCCCGUGUGUGUCCGAUGUCCUGCUGAUGGUGAGGACGUGCGGUGGGGAGCCAGCAGCGUUGGACAUCAGCUUCCUUUGCUCCACGCAGGAGAGUCGACAGCGUCGCUGCUGGUUUGGGUGGAGGUGGGAAUGGGAUGGAAAUGAAAACCGAAUCUGGUGGAGGUUUCUCAUGUCAAGAAAUUGAGACCCAGAGGUGUCAGCUGCUGGCCUGAAGAAAAACAGAGUCAUCCCCGAGUAUUUUUGUUCUACUGCUGAACUCCAGGAGCAUAGAUCAGAGACCUUCAUGACCCUCCCACCUUAAUGGUGAGGUCCAGAGGCCUGUGAUGCCCCAUGGCAGCACUGUGGAUAGGACUGUUCCUGAGAUUGUGAUUAUUUUUUAAAAACGAACCUCAUUUCUUAAAGUGUAAAAAGUGUUUCUAAAGAAGAAAGACAAUAAAGUAAUUCCUUAGAGCGC